GGGCCUCACAAGCCAAAGAAAAAGGGUCGCGACGGCGUUCCACACGAGAAGACCAAUCCCUUCGUUGUCCGGAGACUGAAGCAGAUACUGAAUCCUACCCGGAGACCGGACGAAAUCCAGAGGUUGCACGAAGAAGAUGCUUCCACAAAAUGGUUCGGCGUCGCCCGGGAUCUCACCGGCCGGCCAAACUUCGAAGACUACGGCCGCUAUGCCACACUCAUGUCUACUUUGUCGCCAAUCGAAAGCAUGGUCAACCGAUAUCCACAACUCGUAUCCUUCAUUGGAGUCACGAAUGCCGGAAAGUCCACACUGAUCAAGAUGCUCAUCAACCAUGACGUUGACGGCGUGCCGGUCGAGAAUCGCGAUAUGUUUCCUUCUCCCGUGGUGGGUAGUGUUGUGAACGAUACACUGCCCACUUCAGGCGAUGUGCACCUCUAUGCUGAUCCAAGUACUCACGCGGAACAGCUCCCUCUUCUGUAUGCCGACUGUGAAGGCUUCGAGGGUGGGGAGAGGAUGCCGCUCGGUGCUCGAUCACGGAGGAGAGCACGAUCUGACCCCAAGGAGGAUAUUUUGAAACUCAGCAACGUGCACUCACGACUCAUCGAAUGGGCCAAUACAGAGGAGUCCAAGCAGCGGGAGUAUGCGGUAACGGCGCUCUACCCUCGCUUGCUAUACACUUUCUCCGACUGUGUCGUAUUCGUUCUGCGAAAUGCGAAGACCUUUCAAUCGUCUGUAUUGACAAAGCUUCUCGAGUGGGGAGUGGCGGCGCUCGAGAAGUCUAUCAAUCAGCCCGCGCUACCACACUGCAUUGUGGCGCUCAACGGUACAGACCCUGCAGUCGACGAGCGCGAGUGGGACAUCAACUACGCCACACAGAGCUUGCUCUCUUCCGUGAAAGGGGCGCUGGACUAUGUGGAAGGCGUUCCACGAUUUCGUGAGCUCGCAGACCACUGGCGCUCGUUAGGCAAGCAUAUCUACACAGUGGAAGACCUCAUUCUUCGAUACUACAGCUCUUUCAAGGUCGUCAGGAUACCAAGCAAACCCCGAUACAUGACCAUCAACGAUCAGAUUGGGAAGCUGCAUGGCAUUAUCAAGUCGAAUUGCGAAGAGUCCUUCCGGACUAAAAGGCGAGCUCGUAUGUUGACAAAUGCCGAUGAGCUAAACGUCUAUCUGCAGAGUGGCUUUGACCACUUCACAACUCACCUCAAUGUCCCAUUCAACUUCAUGCAGAUAUCCCUUCUUCGUAAUCCCAUCCCAAACGAUUUCGGCGGUCACAUCCUGCAGCUCUGCACCACUAUCAGCACCCAACAAGCAGCCAAUCAUGAACCGGAGAAGGUGACAUGGAUGUUCGAGAAGCUCAGUGUCAUGCUGGGCUCCUGUGUGUUGCUGGAUUGUGCCCGAUUUCGGAAAGGCAGAGUCGAUGAGCUCUUCUCGAACUACGAGAAGUUCUUUGACUACGCGAUGGGCGAGUUCCUGGAGCUGCACUAUCCCUGCUCGUUCGUCAGCGCAGACAGCACGAGGCGAUGUAUUCUCGUCAAGGCUCGCCACCAGGUCAAGGGUCAUCAGGACGAGAAAGGCAUUAUCGCAUCGGGAGACUACGAAGCUGCCUUCGAUGCGAGCUUCACGCAGCAAUGGAAGUCACAGCUCCGAGCGGCGAUCGAAGGCAUUCAUCGCGACUUUUCAUAUGAGCUGGAACAGUCAUCGCAGCUCGAAGAUGCGCCAGCCGUGCCAGAAGAGCGCAUAGCGCUAGAUCUUCAUGUGGAGUAUCUAAACCAAUUCUUCGAGGCGGUUGGUCCGGCUGCAGCCAUCCGCAGCCAUGCAACCUGCUUUUGCUGCUUGAUGGACGUGCCAGAGCAUCCCCUCCCAUGUGGCCACGUCUUUUGCACCGCUUGCAUCAAAGCUUACGGCAAGCCGGCAAAGUCGAGCAUUCUGCUGACGUGUUGUCCAUUACACCGUGAGGCUACGAGAUGGUCUCAGCCGGCUGUCGUCAAGUUCAAACCAGCGGGAGCCGGCGUACGAAUCUUGUCAUUGGAUGGCGGUGGGGUCCGUGGUAUUGUUCAAUUGGAGGUUCUCCGAGCUAUUGAGCUUGCAGUCGGUGGCUAUCUGCCCGUCCAAUCCUUCUUUGACUUGGUUGUGGGCACGGGAACCGGCGGAAUGCUCGGUGUCACACUCUCGCUGAAAGACCGGACGGUUGAGUCGACGAUCGAUAUGUUCUGCGCUAUGUGUGAUCAUGCCUUCACUCCCAGGCUCAAAGGCAUACCAAUCAUUAGCGAGAUUGCUCAGGUAUUUGGGAGCGGACCGAGGUACAAGACCAAGCCUCUCCAUGCCGCGCUGAAGACGGCCUUUAGCGAGGAGGAAGACUUAUUCAGUCCCGCUAGUCGCCUGCGGGAGGGUGCCCGUGUCGCUGUCACCACGACCAGCGUGACCGGGCGUGAGUCAAUCCUCUUGGCAAGCUAUCGCCGACCAGACGAUGUGCUACCUGCCUAUUCGUUCGAACGACCUCAUGAGCCGGAGAUGGAGCUCAAGGUAUGGCAGAGCAUAGCGGCUGCUCUAGCCACGCCGAACUACUUCAAGCCUUUCAACUUCCACGGGAAGACUUAUUUGGACGGCGGCCUUCGGUGCCCUAACCCGUCAUUCAUUGCUGAUCGAGAGCGCCGGCUGAUCUGGCCUGACGUUGGUGAGCCGGAUCUUUUCCUGUCUCUUGGGACCGGCCAGAACAGAAUCACGGUUUUGCAGAAACUAAGCGACCGUCCAAGAGAUUCACACGGCGAUGCGCUGAUUCCGCAACCUGGCCAGACGGCUUUGGAGGCUCGCAAAGCUUCUCGCUGGCGGACCAAACGCGUGGAUGACGUGCUCGAUGCUGAGAUUGCAUGGGUUGAUUUCAGACAAUAUGCCGUCCGCGAACGGUCGGAGGCCAAGGGCAGACGCUUCAUAAGAUUCAAUCCGGACUUGGAUCACGAACCGCCUGCCCAGGAUAGCAAGAGCAACAUUGAAGCGCUGCAACUUAACGUACGGAAACGAUUGCAGACUCCGCACAGACUAGCGGCUCUGCGAAACGUUGCGCAUCGCCUCGUAGCUUCAUCUUUCUACUUGGACCUUCAGUCCAAGGUUACGGCCGAGAAAAGCGAACGUGUCGUCUCUGGCGUCAUUUCGUGUCGCUUUGAAGACGCCAGUAUGGAGAUGUGCGCUCUUGGCAAGAUUCUGGAGGACAAGCAACCCUUCGAACCGUACUUUCUGAUAAAGCCCGAUAUCGAAACACCGCAGCCGUCCUUCAAGAUACCGAUCACAUUGGAUGUGAUUCGAGCGAUGACUGACCAGUCAGUCUUUGGCCUGUCAAAUGUUACCAUUCCGCUGCGAGACGAGUCCAAAGCUACGUCCAUUACUCUUUUCUUGUCUGCCCAUGACGGCUUAGAGCCGGACGGCUUCCCUAUCAGCGGCUUCCCACGAGUUUUGCUCGGAGAGGCUGGCUCAUCGCAGCCUCGCCGACCGCGUGUAUCAGAGCAAAGCCUCAAAAGCCCAACGCGCCAUCUGAAGCACUUGUCUGACGCAGACUCCAUCUCGCUCAACGGCCCGACCAACGUCAGCAAUCUUAGCAACCUCACAAGCCGGAAUGGCAGCAGCGAGGAGUCAUGGCAGGACACGCAAGCGAAGAUCUCGCCGUUCCUUACCACCGAUGGAAAGCCUAAGAUGUCACUCGCAGAUCUCAUUGCUCAGCACCAGAACUCGGGUAGCAGUAUCAGGCAGCGGACGAACCGUUUCUGGACGUACAUCGGCAACAACCACAUGGUGCAGUAUCCCGAGAUGUACACCGCAGAUGAGCUCGCCAAAUUCGCUGCAAACACCAGCGUGGGCCCGAGC